AUGCCACGAGCUGCAAAAAGUUGGUGUGUUCGUCCAUGUCAUAACAUACUGAAUUCAAUUAUAGGAAAAAAUAAAUUUGUGAAGAUUGGACAAAAUCCAACUUAUCCUAGUGGAAUACAUCGAAUCGAUGCUAUUACAGCAGCUCAUAUCAGCAGACAAUAUUCAUUAAAUACACCUAGUACAUCAAAGCAAGUUUUUGAAGGUGAUAAAAUAUGUACUAGCUGUUUAAGAAAAAUAUCUAAACAAGAAUUUGAAUAUGAUAAUGAUGAAUUUGAUGCUAUUGAAGCUAUGACUGUUGACGAAGUAGACAAUAUUGAUUGUGAUAAACUGGUCAUGAAAAACGUGAUAGUAAAAAUGAUCACAAACAAUCCAACUAUAAUGCUGAAGAUUUUCCAUCUUCAUAAGAACAAAAAUACACAAAAGACGAAGCCAAAAGAAAAUUAA